UAUAUCAAGAAAUUCAGUUCAGAGAGAGAAGAGAGAGGAGAGGGAGAAGGAGAGGGGGGCAGAAGAGAAGGGAAAGCGGAGAGUACGCGAGGUAGGAAGGAGAGCCUCAGUCUCCGAAGCGAGAAAGAGCUCACGGAUUAAGAAUUUGUCGGGCAAUUGGCACCCCGGGACAACAGCCAGAAAAAUCACCAUCACCCAACUCUGACGUUUCCUACCAGAAGUUAGAGACUUGAGCAGUAUUGCCAUCGGAUGCAAAUGGUAGGCUGGUUGCUGUGGGAUAUACUCCCGAGCUGAAGAAGUGCAACUGGAUGUGGUGUGUGCUAAAUACCAGAAGAGCCCAGACCCUGUGGGUAAUAGCAGUAGCGAGGAAAUGUGGAGAGAAUGACUAACGACAAAUCUGUGAAUUUGUUCUCGGGAGUUGCUAAUUUGCCAGCCCGAAGCCACACAUUUUACAAGGAGGAAACGUUUUGCUGCUUCUGAAUUCUCCCCAAACUGGUGCUACCAGAUGCAUGGCUUUCUAUGUGUUGGAACAAAUCCUUCUUAACUGCAGCCUACCGGGAAAGGGGAAAGGUUGAGGCAACUAACUGGCUGUCUCCAAAUAAGAGAUGAGAUGUAAUGCCUCCUCCAGUCCAUGCACACUUCCUCUUGCAAUUCGUGCAUCAUUCCUCAGUGGGAACCUUUAAACUCUAAAAUCCAAGGAAAGAAAAUAAAUACAUUAUCAUGGACCUGAGGGAUUUUUACCUGUUGGCUGCUCUGAUUGCCUGUUUAAGGCUGGAUUCGGCAAUAGCUCAAGAACUUAUUUACACUAUUAGAGAGGAAUUGCCUGAAAAUGUGCCCAUAGGAAAUAUACCAAAGGACCUGAACAUUUCUCACAUCAAUGCUGCCACAGGGACCAGUGCCAGCCUUGUCUACAGACUGGUUUCUAAAGCUGGGGACGCCCCUCUGGUAAAAGUGUCCAGCAGCACCGGGGAGAUUUUCACCACCUCCAACAGAAUAGACAGAGAGAAACUCUGUGCCGGAGCCUCUUAUGCUGAGGAGAAUGAGUGUUUCUUUGAACUUGAGGUGGUGAUCCUCCCCAAUGACUUUUUCAGGCUGAUCAAAAUCAAGAUCAUUGUCAAGGAUACCAAUGAUAAUGCCCCCAUGUUUCCGUCUCCUGUCAUCAAUAUUUCCAUUCCAGAAAACACUUUGAUCAACAGCCGCUUUCCAAUCCCAUCAGCCACAGACCCUGACACAGGCUUCAAUGGGGUGCAGCAUUAUGAAUUGCUAAACGGGCAAAGUGUUUUUGGACUGGAUAUCGUGGAAACUCCAGAGGGAGAAAAGUGGCCGCAAUUGAUUGUUCAGCAGAACUUGGAUCGAGAACAAAAAGAUACCUAUGUAAUGAAAAUCAAAGUGGAGGACGGAGGCACUCCACAGAAAUCCAGCACAGCCAUACUGCAGGUCACAGUUAGUGAUGUGAAUGACAACAGACCAGUGUUUAAAGAGGGUCAAGUAGAGGUGCAUAUUCCAGAGAACGCUCCUGUGGGGACCUCUGUAAUUCAGCUCCACGCGACUGAUGCAGACAUAGGCAGCAAUGCUGAAAUCCGAUACAUUUUUGGUGCCCAGGUUGCCCCUGCAACCAAAAGACUCUUUGCUUUAAAUAACACAACUGGGCUGAUUACAGUUCAGAGGUCUUUGGAUAGGGAAGAGACAGCCAUUCACAAAGUGACAGUGCUGGCUAGUGAUGGCAGUUCCACUCCUGCCAGAGCCACAGUUACCAUCAAUGUCACAGAUGUAAAUGAUAACCCUCCGAACAUAGACCUCAGGUACAUUAUAAGUCCCAUCAACGGCACAGUGUAUCUGUCUGAGAAAGAUCCAGUCAAUACAAAGAUUGCCCUAAUUACAGUUUCAGAUAAGGACACAGACGUGAACGGCAAAGUGAUCUGUUUUAUUGAAAGAGAGGUCCCAUUUCAUCUGAAGGCAGUGUAUGACAACCAGUAUCUGCUAGAGACCUCUUCUCUGCUGGACUAUGAGGGCACCAAAGAAUUCAGCUUUAAAAUCGUUGCCUCUGAUUCUGGGAAGCCCAGUUUGAACCAGACUGCCCUGGUAAGGGUUAAGCUUGAGGAUGAAAAUGACAACCCACCAAUUUUCAACCAGCCUGUAAUUGAGUUGUCAGUUUCUGAAAACAACCGACGUGGGUUAUACUUAACAACUAUUAGUGCUACAGACGAAGACAGUGGGAAAAAUGCAGACAUUGUUUAUCAGCUUGGACCGAAUGCCUCCUUCUUUGAUCUGGACAGAAAGACAGGAGUUUUGACAGCCUCCAGAGUCUUUAACAGGGAGGAACAAGAGCGGUUCAUUUUUACAGUAACUGCCAGGGACAAUGGGACCCCUCCCCUCCAAAGCCAAGCGGCCGUGAUAGUUACUGUUCUGGAUGAGAACGACAAUAGCCCCAAGUUUACUCAUAAUCAUUUUCAGUUUUUUGUGUCUGAGAAUCUGCCAAAGUAUAGUACUGUGGGAGUCAUCACAGUGACAGAUGAAGACGCUGGAGACAAUAAAGCUGUGACUCUCUCCAUUCUAAAUGACAAUGAAAAUUUUGUCUUGGAUCCCUACUCAGGAGUCAUAAAGUCAAAUGUCUCCUUUGACCGAGAGCAGCAGAGUUCCUACACUUUUGAUGUCAAAGCCACCGAUGGAGGACAGCCGCCUCGGUCCUCUACUGCAAAAGUAACUAUCAAUGUGAUGGAUGUCAAUGACAAUAGUCCCGUUGUGAUUUCGCCACCAUCCAACACCUCCUUUAAGUUGGUACCACUCUCAGCCAUUCCUGGUUCUGUGGUUGCAGAAGUUUUUGCGGUGGAUAUUGACACUGGAAUGAACGCCGAACUUAAGUAUACCAUAGUGAGUGGGAACAACAAAGGAUUAUUUCGGAUUGACCCAGUAACGGGCAAUAUCACUCUAGAAGAAAAGCCAGCACUGACUGAUGUGGGCCUGCACCGUCUGGUGGUCAACAUAAGUGACCUGGGGUACCCUAAGGCUUUGCACACCCUUGUGCUAGUGUUUCUUUAUGUCAACGAUACGGCUGGCAAUGCCUCGUACAUCUAUGACUUGAUCCGCAGGACUAUGGAGACCCCCCUGGACAGGAACAUAGGAGAUAGUAGCCAACCCUAUCAAAACGAGGACUAUCUCACCAUCAUGAUUGCCAUCGUCGCGGGGGCCAUGGUGGUCAUAGUUGUGAUCUUUGUCACUGUUCUGGUGCGCUGUCGCCACGCGUCAAGGUUCAAAGCAGCUCAGAGGAGCAAGCAAGGUGCUGAGUGGAUGUCCCCAAACCAGGAGAAUAAGCAAAACAAGAAGAAGAAACGGAAGAAAAGAAAGUCACCCAAGAGUUCUCUUUUGAACUUUGUAACUAUUGAAGAGUCCAAACCCGAUGAUGCAGUCCACGAACCUAUCAAUGGGACCAUAAGCCUGCCUGCUGAGCUUGAGGAACAGAGUAUAGGAAGAUUUGACUGGGGACCCGCACCCCCAACAACCUUCAAGCCUAACAGUCCUGACCUGGCCAAGCACUACAAAUCUGCCUCUCCGCAGCCUGCUUUUCAUCUCAAACCAGACACUCCAGUUUCCGUGAAAAAGCACCACGUCAUUCAGGAGCUCCCUUUGGACAACACCUUCGUUGGGGGCUGUGACACGCUUUCCAAACGCUCCUCCACUAGUUCAGACCACUUCAGUGCCUCAGAGUGCAGCUCCCAAGGAGGCUUCAAGACAAAGGGCCCCUUACACACCAGACAGUGUAACUCACACAACAAAAGUGACAAUAUUCCUGUCACACAUCAGAAAUGCCCCAGCUCUACUGGUUUCCACAUUCGAGAGAAUGAAGAAACUCAUUCCGAGUCUCAGCGCCGUGUUACCUUUCACCUCCCGGAUGGUUCCCAGGAAAGCUGCAGUGACAGUGGUCUGGGAGACCACGAGCCGGUGGGUAGUGGAACCCUGAUCUCACACCCUCUUCCUCUGGUUCAGCCACAGGACGAAUUCUACGACCAGGCCUCUCCGGACAAGAGGACCGAAGCAGAUGGCAACUCGGACCCCAACUCUGAUGGACCUCUGGGUCCCCGAGGAUUAGCUGAAGCUACGGAGAUGUGCACUCAAGAGUGUCUGGUUUUGGGUCACUCUGAUAAUUGCUGGAUGCCUCCUGGCUUGGGUCCAUACCAACACCCAAAGUCUCCUCUGUCAACCUUUGCACCCCAGAAAGAAUGGGUCAAGAAAGACAAGCUUGUGAAUGGGCACACCCUGACCAGAGCUUGGAAAGAAGACACCAACAGGAACCAGUUCAAUGACCGUAAGCAGUAUGGCUCCAAUGAAGGCCAUUUCAACAAUGGCAGCCACAUGGCAGACAUUCCUCUGGCAAAUCUGAAGUCCUACAAGCAUGCAGGUGGCGCGAUUGAGAGUCCUAAGGAGCACCAACUUUAAGAUGAAGUUGUAUGGGACCUAAUACCUUUAGUCUAAAUAGACAUGCUAAUACUGUGUGUUGGAGCUUUAUGUAUUCAAUAGUUCUCUACAACUAUGCCCCUUAUACUAGGGAACUCAUAACUUUGUGUUAGCACCAUGGAGGAUACAAUGCUUUGCAACUUGAGAGAAAAUAGUUCUACUAGCCAUGUGAUGAUGUUCUUUACUAGCAUUGAUUAAACACUCCAGAGAUCUCUCCAUUGUGCAAUUUAUUUUUGUUAUUGCAUUUUAUUUGACCCUGGACUGCUGCUAUGAACAAUAGAAUAUGCAUUUGGAGAGUAAGAAAGUUCCAUGGAUUAGAGUGACUGACAAAACAUAUCCAGUUAGAAAUUUGUGCUCUUUUUGUCAUUGAUUUAUGCUGGGACCUCUAUACUUGACAUUAUACUUCAAACAGAACUUUAAAGAUAAGCAUUAAACCUAUUGUGCUGUUAACACCCUUAGUGGACACUUGUAAGUCAAUCAGUGUUAAAGUAUUUGUAAAUAGAAGCAAGCUAUUAUUAACAACUUUUUGUGUACUUAUAGCAUUCACCUAAAAAUGUUGUAGCAUAAUUCUGUGUUGAUGGUUGCUUCUUUCCUUUUUCAAUUUCCCUCUUCUUAUUUUUGUUGUUUCUUUCAGUGACGUGUUUCUGUGUUAGUAGUCUGUCUUGGCACACAUUGUUCUAAGGAUCUUAAACAUUUGUGUUUUAAAAAGGUUCUGAAAUUUUGCUUCUUAUAUGAUAACUUAUGAAUUUAGAACUCUAUAAAAAUAUAAAGAUGUGAGAAAAAAUGAAAACUUCAAACAACAAUAACAGCAGUCAGUACUUCUGCAAAUGCUUGGAAAUUCAGAAUCUCCUUUCGAUAUCCUUAUUUUCAAAGUAGGCAAAAGUAAAAAUCACUUAAUUAGUACCAUUAAGUGAGAAAGUGAUGAGAAAGUGUUAUCCAUUGAAUGUGAUAUAAUAUUCUGUACUUGCUACUCUUGCAAAACUAAUGUAUUAAAAUUAGCAUAUACUGAAGAAAAAUCACUACUCAAAAAUAGUUUCAAUUUGGCAAAUGUGUGUCUCCAACUUUGUUGAAAUGACAGAGUUUGUGUUGAUCCUCAUAUACAAUACUGUUGUUGUAACACAAGUGUUAUUAGACCAUAGCCACAAAAUAUUUAAUGUGUUGUGCCUUCAUGAUGUAACAGAACAUUCUCCAGGUAGGGUAGUUGGGGAAAAUAAAGGGAUAAAUCUCUAAUUAUUGCUGUUUAACUGUUUGUUAUCAUAGUUGGUCAAUGCCUGGCAGGUACCAGCAUUUUGUCACUUAGGUCAAACCAAGGGAGUGACAGUUAAUGUUAAUAAGAUCUCAGUUGCACGUGCAAACAAAUCCAAAUUUGAACAUUCUUAGGAGGUUUUUGUUAAGGCAUGACAGAUGAUUUAAACAAAUAAAUAGCAUGCAACAAAAUGUCUUUAUUGAAAGAAGUGAAAGUUAUAUUAAUGCCACGGUUCACCAUCAAUUUAAAAGUUAAAAAAAAGAAAAAAGUUAAAAAAAUUGCUAAUCUGAUAGUUAAUUUGUUCUUACCAAAAAUGAAGUUACUUUGUAAAUAGCAGUUCACAUUUUUCCACAGUAUAAUGGAAAAUAAUGGGUAGGGGUGCAUUGCUUAUUGAAGUACAUUUUUGUCGGUUUGUGAGGGGUGUUUGAUGACUUUGACAAAAUAAAUAUCUAAACAAAUAUACUUGUUACUGCUUUGCCAGUUCUACGUUAUUUACAAUUAUUCAGCUCUUGCAAUAAAUGUUCUGAAUUACUGA